CAGUUCAUUCCUCAUGUUCUAGUUAAUGUUUUAUUUUGAAAGGACUUCCCAGAAGCGGCAGUGGCGCUGAUCUGACGGUUGUCGCUGUUAGCAGACGAACCGGGGGCUGGGUCCGGAUAACGGAACGAACCCAUCUCAGUCCUGUACUGUGUGCAGAGACCCGAGAUGGACCGACACCGGGAACCGCUGCCUGUGGAUAUAAAGCUGGAACCGGAGCAGCAGAGGGCCGACUUCCAGCAAAGCGAAGACGAAUAUGUCCUUAAAGGGGAGAGCUCCAGUGUGGACCAAGAGGACUCAAAGCCCUCCUACAUUAAACAGGAGCAGGAGGAACUGUGGAGCAGUGAGGAGGCUGAUACCAAGUUCACCCUCAGACCUGCUCCUGUGAAGACAGAAGAUGAUGAAGUCUCAGAUGUCGAACAGCUGCUUAUAAAGAAAGAAGAGAAGGAGAGGAGCUGUAGCCUGAACCAGAUAGUCCAGGAAGACCCAGAACCCCGACACAUCAAAGAGGAGCAGGAGGAACUGUGGAGCAGUAAAUCAGAGCCAGUCUGGAACUCAUCUCCAGAGAGACGUUUAGAACCAGGCUCUGAGACUUCUGAGCUUUCAGGGUGUAAGUUGGAGAAUUCUGAUGGUGAUAGCCAGGACCGCAGUGAACCUCAGUCCAUUUUAAAGUCCCUGAAAAUCAUCAAAGUGCCUGUGAGAAAAAUGAGAUGCAAUGCCAGUAAGAAAACGUACAGCUGCAAGGAGUGCGGGAAAAUAUUCGGCCGCAGUCCACACCUGAAGAUACACAUGAGGACGCACACUGGAGAGAGACCGUUCAGCUGCUCCAUCUGCGGGAAAAGCUUUGCUCAGAAGGUGAACCUGACGUAUCACAUGUCUGUCCACACCGGCGAAAAACCCUUCAGCUGCCGUUUCUGCAAAGAGAAAUUCACCUGGUACACUCAGCUGAAGAAUCACCACUGUGAUCGUGAGUUUUCAGAGCUUCCUCAAACUGAAGCUGAGGAGGACAAUGAUACAGAGAAAGUCUUCACUUGCUCUGAGUGCGGCAAAAUAUUCAGCCGCAAGCACAACCUGAACAUACACAUGAGGAUCCACACUGGAGAGAGACCGUUCAGCUGCUCUGUUUGCAAGAAGAGCUUCAAACACGGAGGACACCUGACGCAACACAUGGCCGUCCAUGCUAAGGAGAACCGCUUCAACUGUUGCAUUUGUGACAAAAAAUUCACGUGGCUUUACCAGCUCAGACGACACUCGUGUGGUAGUGAGUCCUCUCAGCUGCAAGAACCCCAAACCAGUCAGGAGGGUGAGACGUUUGGAAUCCGGCAGGAGGCUGAGGUCAUGGUCACUUCUGUCACUGUGAAGAGCGAAGAGGUUGAAGAGAAACCUCAGCUUCAUCACAGAGACUUUGAGCAAGGAUCACAACCACAAACUGAAGACAGGAAAGGAACCAAAGAGUCUGUGAGUGUCCCUGCAGGUAAUACAGGAUGCAAUCUAGGCAGGAAGUCGUUCAGCUGCUCCGAGUGCGGCAAGACAUUUGUCCGAAAAGAGCAUCUGAAGACCCAUGUCAGAAUCCACACUGGAGAGAGACCAUUCAUCUGCUCUGUCUGUGGUAAAACCUUUGGCUGCAAGCGGUCGCUGCUGGGUCACAUGACCAGUCACACUGGAGAGAAACCCUUCAACUGCUUUCAGUGUGGAAAACGAUUUGGCCGCAUGGUCAACCUGAAAACCCACGAGAGGCUUCACACAGGUGAGCGUCCAUUCAGCUGUCCAUUCUGUGGCAAAGGUUUCACUCAGAAGGUUCACAUGACUCAGCACAUGGCCGUCCACACAGGUCAGAAACAAUUCACCUGCAGCGUCUGUGACAAGAAGUUCACUUGGCUGUCAGGCUUCAGGCGACACAAAUGUGGCCGUGAAGAGCAUAAUGACUGCCAGACUGAAGAAAACUCAGAGCUAGCACCGGGCGAGAAACCGUUUCGCUGCCUUAAGUGUGGUAACAGGUUCAGUCAUAAACACAAUCUGAAAACACACAUGAGGAUUCACACCGGAGAGAAACCGUUCAGCUGCUCCGUCUGCAGUAAAAGUUUUUUAGCAAGUGCAGCUCUGAAGAAACACCUGAGGACUCACUCAGGUGAGAAACCCUUCAGUUGCUCCGUCUGUGGCAUCAGGUUCACUCAGGGAGGAAACCUGAAAAGACACAUGAUGCAGCACACCAGGGAGGCCAGAGAGAAACCAUUUCACUGCUCAGUGUGUGGUAAAGGCUUUACGCAGGUGUCGAAUAUGAAGCGACACAUGACAAAACACACAGAAACACGUCAGCCACAGGAAGACAAAGCUGUGACCAGCUCAGAACAUUGACCGGAAGAAAAUGAAAGCCUGCUGACAUCUGACAGCAAACCAUCUGACUGCUCAUAGCGCUUAUUUUAUUAUUUUAAAAGUGUGAUAUCAGAUCAGAAUGUAUUUUUUUAAAUGAGUUUAAAGGUGUUUCAGUCCCCAUAAGUUGCACAUCUGAAAUGUGUUUAUGAUGUAAACAGCCUUUAAAAAAAAGAGAAAUCAGGCAGUUUUCCACUGCAGGAACUUGCAGACUGUUUUGUAGUUGCCUGGACCGUUGCCUGGAAUCGUCUACGAAGUGCCAUUUUUCUAUCUUCUCAAAGUGUACCAUCCAGUAGCUGUACCUUGUGUUUUGGUGCACUUAGAGUUGACAUCACAGUCAAAGCUGUUGGAUCCUACAAAGCCUGAGUUCCUGCAGUGGAAAGGCACCCUAUGUUUUCUGGUUUUUCAUUGAUAUGUUCAGUGACUGUUUGACAAUCUCAUAUUUUGAGCCUUGACUAUAUAAAAAAGAAAAUCUAUGUUAUAUUUAUAUGUGUUUAUCCGUCUUAAAGCAGUUGGAUGAAGCAGCUGACAGGUAAAUGGGUUUGGAGGAUCUCUCUCUGAACAACAGAACUCAAAGUGCAGUCUUCCACCAAUACCCUGUCUCACAGUUUUACCAAAAGAUGAUCUAGAUCCACGUCAUAUCAAUCGUCUUUUCAGAAUCAGCAAAGACCAGUAAAAUAUGUUAAUCUGUGUUUGUUUGUUUGAUUAAGUAGGGUUAGGGUUAGGGUAAACCUGACCAUCUGCACACCGGACCCGGUGCUGCAUAAAGCCUUAUGAUUGGACCGGUCACAGGACCUUUAAAGUGAGAUCAGGUGAAAUGUGUGUGGAGGAAACAUCUUCAUCCUCAUUCUGAUUGUUUAUUAUGGACUGAAAAACUGUCAGGAACACGGAGUUGUGUUGAUUCAUCUGGUUUUGUCUGCCCAAAUAGAUUAAGUUCACCCACACAUAAAUAUUUUAUUCAUAAAGCUGCAGUCAAAAUAAGUUUUUCUAAUGAUGUCUUCGAUGAUAAUCAGUUAUUAAAACUGUUGCUGAUUGUUCUUGUUUCCA